AUGGCCGCCCCUCUCAUAGAUUCUCUCAAGAGAGUGCGUCUUGAUGACCGUCCGCGCGGAGCCGAGUACUAUCUUCGAAACAUCACCGAGACGGCCUACGAUUAUGAAGAAGAUUUUAAAGAGGAGGAAUACCCAGUUCCUAGCGAACCCUUUCGAUUCUUUGACCUCCCCGCCGAGCUCCGCCUGCGUAUCUAUGAUUACGCCCUCUUCUCUCCGCGCCGCAACAAAUCACGGCAUGGAAAUGGCAGUAUAGGCGCUUCAUCAAAGAACCCCUUGCGCUCGCCUCUUUCCCACCGUAUCUCUCUCUUCCUCGUCUCCCGGCAGAUGCACAAUGAGGCUGCUGAUUUCUUUUACUCAACGCAAGCCUUUCGCAUCUUUCCCAUCCAAGAUUACAACCGGAUGCCGACAGUAAGGGGCUUGCCGCGCAAGUACCUCCCGUCAAUCGGCACCAUCGAGUUGAUUCUCGGAUCCAGCUGGACGUCGCCACCGCGCUCGUGGAAAGUCAGCCGUCACUUAGGGUUGGAAGAGAUGACCCGCCUGCGCCUUCUCAAGGUCUUUAUCGAGGUUGACCCGUCCCAUCCUGUAUUCGAGGGCUGGCGCAUUUCCACGAACUUUUACUCAGAAUUUGCGGGUGGCCUGCUACGGCAGAUAUUGGAGAGGCUGCCGAACUUGAUGCACGUCGAAUUCGACGGAAAUCCAUCUGUCAUGAAGAAUGGUGCUCUAAUGAAGAGCUUGCUUCAGGAAGCUAGAGCCGCUGGGAAGAAGAUCGUAUGGGGUCCACAGCGGCGAUGGACGGACUAUGAUGAAGAAGACAUGGUUGCGGAGAGGAUGGUCUAUGGGCUGUCUUUUCGGAAGCCUCAGACUGCGAAAUUCACAACAAAGAGCUCUUCUUUGGUAGAAGAGGUAAAGUAG